ACUGCUUCCACAAGUGCUUUAUUCGUCUCUGGCUUAGCAGCUCCUGCAGAAGUUUUUUUUUUUUUUUACUUUCUGUUGGAACUAAGCAAUUAGCAAACACCAACUCAGUUGCAUUUUUGUUUGGAUUUACCUACAUCACUUCAUUGGGAAAAAAGGGUUUUUUUUUUCAGAAGGUGGAAAAUGUCACCUGAUUCACUCUGAUUUUUUUUUUUUUUUUUUUUUAAUCUCCCCACCCCCAAACACACACACAUUAGGAGACCGCCCACCGCAGACAGUUAAGACCCCCUUAUAGAUUUAAAGAGAGACUGCAUUCAGACUCUGACGUUCAUUCAAUAAGGGCGAUCAUAAGCAGAGUACAGAGUUCUGAGUAUUCCACUAUCACUUGAGGUUGUUGCUGCUUCUGCUCACUGGAACUGAGGAUGUUAAAUCAGAGAAUUCAGCCGGGCAUGGUUUUUCUUCUGACCAUAUCUCUUUGCCACUUAAUGGAAGACCGCACAGUAGACGCUGGGAAUUGUUGGCUCCAGCAGUCGAGGAACGGACGAUGCCAGGUCCUCUAUAGGACAGAACUGACUAAAGAGGAAUGCUGCAAGACUGGCAGGUUGGGGACCUCCUGGACAGAGGAAGAUGUACCCAACAGCACCCUCUUCAAAUGGAUGAUAUUUAACGGUGGGGCCCCCCACUGCAUACCCUGCAAAGAAACCUGUGAGAACGUUGACUGUGGACCAGGGAAGAAAUGUAAAAUGAACAAGAAGAACAAACCUAGAUGUGUAUGUGCUCCGGAUUGCUCCAAUAUCACUUGGAAAGGUCCCGUGUGCGGACUGGAUGGAAAAACUUACAAAGAUGAAUGUGCUCUUCUUAAAGCCAAAUGCAAAGGAAUCCCGGAGCUGGAUGUGCAGUACCAAGGCAAAUGUAAAAAGACCUGUAGGGAUGUGUUAUGUCCAGGCAGCUCUACUUGUGUGGUGGAUCAGACCAAUAAUGCCUACUGUGUGACAUGUAAUCGGAUUUGCCCGGAGCCCACCUCCCCUGAACAGUAUCUCUGUGGGAAUGAUGGAAUAACCUACGCCAGUGCUUGUCACCUGAGGAAGGCUACCUGCCUGCUGGGCAGAUCCAUUGGAUUAGCCUACGAGGGGAAAUGCAUCAAAGCCAAAUCAUGUGAAGACAUUCAGUGCAGCUCUGGGAAAAAGUGCCUGUGGGAUGCCAGGGUGGGCAGAGGUCGCUGCGCCCUCUGUGACGAGCAGUGUGCUGACAGCAAGUCUGAUGAAGCAGUGUGUGCCAGUGACAACACCACCUACCCCAGCGAGUGUGCCAUGAAACAGGCAGCCUGCUCACUUGGGGUUCUAUUGGAAGUCAAACACAGCGGAUCUUGCAACUCCAUUAAUGAAGAUACUGAGGAAGAAGAAGAGGAAGAGGACCCGGACUACAGCUUUCCUAUAUCUCCAGUUCACUGGUAAAACCUCCAUAAUGUUUGGAACAGCCCUUGGGCAAGAAAUGAUGUCCAUACUGUACAUAGCUGUAUGCUUAUUUAUUUUGGGAAAAAAGUAUACAUAUAGUUGAGUCUGGUAGACAUUUAUUUAUAUACUGUGUCAUGUUUUAUAAUUUAUACAUAAAAUGUCUGUUUGACUGUACACCUUGUUUUUAAGAAAUAUAUUCGUUAAAGGAAGAGCAGUGUUAUUUAUUGUGGGGUACCUUUGCUUGUAAAGUAAAACAAAUGAUUUUUCUUAUAAACUGUAAGUCCAUUCCUUAUAGCUGACCGACUUCACUGUCAUCUCUAAUUUCACCAGUGUUAAACCAUGUUUUUCCCCCUUUUUGAUCAAUUUGCAUGUAAGUUUCUCUAUGUUUAUUUAUUGGAUUUUCUUCUUCAGUUCUGCACAUACAUCCUUAGGCUUUUUUGUUUACAAUGAAUCUUGACUGACCAAAAAUGGCUGCAGCAGAGAUUAAGCAAAUAGAUAAUGAUUCAACAUGGUUAUCUUAAAGAAAAUGAUCCAUUCCACUUAUUUACACUUUUAUUUUUGUUUUAAUAUAGCUACCUGGAUAUCCAAAACAUUUUUUUUUUAAAAAGGACUCUAACUUUUCCUGUUGAAAAAGACUUCAUUUUAUCUAUGUAUUUAAUGUGGAUGUUUCAUUACACCAUCAAAAUUUGUCCUAAAAUAAUACCAAACAAUCAGCUUUUUAAAUAUAUAUCAAAGAUGUUAUCAGUCCAAGUUUCUUGCUUUUCAUACAACAUUUUUUUUUUUUUUUGUUUUCUGAUUGAAUUUUAUAUUUUCAAACAUGGCAAGUUAAAUAUAAAUUCAUUUAAAUAUAUAGUUUUGUACUUUUUUACCAUGUAAAUGUCCAAUGUAUAUAAAAGUUAUAAUGUGUAUUUGUAAAUAAGUUAUGGGUGAAAAAUAAAAAUGGAAUUUUCCUAUGCACUGCUA